CUUGCUGAGAUAGUGGGUGUGGAGUCAGACAAGGAUCUGGCCAUGCAGCUGAAGCCAAUAAUCAAGGCAUUUCAGCAGCUUCUAGUCGACACCGUCAGCCAAGAGGAUGACGAAGACAAUGUCUUAGACAAACAGCUGUUACACGUCAUCAUCUCCUGUGUGUCCAUGCUUGCUCUCAAGUUGCCUCCAGACCAUGCGUAUACUGCUAAGCUGCUGGAUUGGCUAACUGACUUUGCACUCAAGAGGAACCUACCCACAAUUCCACUCACCAAAAGCUAUCUCACUCUCCUGUUGGCCAUGGUGGCUCGAUGUAAGGCUGAAGCCUCCCUCCUGGACUCGAUAGCCAUACAGCUUUCACAUUUGUUUGGCUCUGUGAAUGAAGUGGAGGUGGAAGAAAGCCCACUAUCCCUGAGCUUAGUAACUGAUACAACCAUGGCAAUUGCCUUACCUCUGCUGUGUAAUAACAUAUCUGCCAGUCUGGACCAGGUCGAGUGGCUGGUGGCGGAGACUGCGGGCCGAACAGGCUACAGUUAA